GUAUAACCAAAGCGUAAUUCAUUUUCAAAGCUAUCUGCAAUCGGAAAGGCCGGCUCCUAAUAAUUAGUGUACAUCGGGAAUAGAAACUGAGAUAAGAAAGACACCAGCCAUUAAGGAAUUUAUGGAACAGAAGGAAGCACACAAAUAUAUCUGCACUCACUGGUUCAACUAUGAUUCACUGGUUCAACUAUGAACACGUAAUUGUGUUCCUCCUGGCUCUCUUCUCACCGUUAGUUUACUCUCGUACAUGUCGUAUGGAAGACGACGAGUGUGAAUUUAAGCUGGUAAUUUCCUAUAAAUUAACUAUGUUAGUUAAUCGUACCUUGGUACAACCCUGUAAUGGAAAACUCUACAGAUAUGACGUCAAUUGUACGGAUGCUCAACCGAUACCAACUGAUGAAGUUAUUACAAUGGAUGGUUUCUUUGAACCAGUGAAGGUGAUUGCAGUUAAUGGCACAGUUCCAGGACCAACAAUAGAAGUUUAUAAAGGACAAAGAAUCAUCGUUGAAGUAGAAAACCAAUUAUUUUCAGAAGGAACGACAAUGCAUUGGCAUGGUUUGCGUCAAGAAGGAACACCUCAUAUGGAUGGCGUACCUUGGGUUACACAAUGCCCUAUUCUACCAGGUCAAUCGUUCAGAUAUGAAUUUAAUACUGCACAAACUGGAACUUAUUGGUACCAUUCUCAUCUUGGGACACAACGUACCACGGGAAUAUUUGGUGCUUUUAUAAUACAUGAGAAGACAAAACCUAAAAUGGAAGAGCAUGUAAUGUUAAUAACAGACUACAACCAUAACUGGGACUCCCUUGUGAGUUAUUUAAGUACAGAAUUCGGAGCUUAUUGGAAUCAUAAAAAGAUUGGAAAUUCCAAAUCUCUUGAUGGAGCACAUUAUAGUCUUUUUGACUUUCAGUCUGGUCUUGUAAAUGGUCGGGGCCGCUAUUAUAAUGAAUCAGGGAAGCAUAAUGGGGCCCCGUUGACUGUCUUUGAAGUAGAAUCGGGUAAAAAAUAUCGUUUUAGAGUGAUUGCUGCGGGGAUCCUGUACCCGUUUGAAGUGUCUGUUGAUGGUCACCAGAUGGUAGUCGUUGCUGCCGAUGGUCACGAACUGAAACCAUCACCUGUUGAUUAUUUCAUCCUCAGUCCAGGUGAGAGAUUUGAUUUUAUAUUGAAGGCAAAUAACGAUGUCGGAAAUUACUGGAUCCGUGGAAAGACGCUACAAAUACACAAAAACAAUACAUUUGAAGCAAUUCUUCGAUAUAAAGGUGCACCGGACGAAGAUUCUAACUCCACAGUUUCUGAUUGCAUUCAACAGAAGAAUUGCGUCUUACUUAACUGUCCCUUUCUUUAUUAUCCCGAGAAAACUAAUAAACGAUGUUUACAAUUUGAUGACCUGGAGCCUUAUAACCCUACUCAUGCACCUUCUUUUCGACAAGGAAAGUUUCAGGAAUACUUUUUAAAUUUUGGCUUCCCUGGUGAACCUGGGAACUCACCGGCAUCAAUAAAUGGUCGAGCAUUCCUGGAUCCCACGGUAAAUCCUUUAACACAACCGAACGAAAUAGACACUUUGUGCGAUAGUGCCAAAUGUGGCGUUGAUAGAGUGUGCCAUUGUACUCAUUCUUUAAAUUUGGAAACCAAUGAUACUGUCCAGAUUGUAAUGACAAACUUGGGAAAAGGUAAAGGAUUCUCCCACCCCAUACACAUGCAUGGACAUUCAUUUUAUGUAGUUAAAAUGGGGUUUCCAAAAUACAACCGAACAUCUGGAGAAAUAUUAUCUGAUACUAAAGAUAUUGAUUGCAGAGGUGAUCCGAAAAAGAAUUAUUGUAACAAUGCAACGUGGUCAAACAGCAGCUGGGAGGGAGACAACAUCCCCGGAUUGAAGUUGGAAAAUGCUACUCAAAAGGAUACAAUUAUGGUCCCCACGGGUGCUUACGUUGUAGUGAGAAUACGGGCCGAUAAUCCUGGUUUAUGGUUCAUGCACUGCCAUAUUGAAUUACACAACAUCAAUGGAAUGGCCCUUUUUCUUAACGAAUCCUUUGCUCACUUGCCAGAAAUGCCGGAUAACUUGCCUGUGUGUCACAGCUUCAGAAAACCAGUUUAUGACCACAGACAGAAACAGAAAGAGCAAGUUAACUGCAACUCCGAUGUGAGUCAUUUAAAUUCAGAAUUUGGAGUUUCUUGGAAUCGUAAAAAAAUAGAAAAUUCUAAAUCUCUUGAUGGAGCACCAUAUAGUCCUUUAAACUUCCAAUCUGGUCUUGUGAAUGGUCGAGGUCGCUAUUAUGAUGAAUCAGGGAAACACAAUAGGGCCCCGCUGACUGUCUUUGAAGUAGAAUCGGGUAAAGAAUAUCGUUUUAGAGUGAUCGCUGCAGGGCUCCUGUACCCGUGUGAAGUGUCUAUUGAUGGUCACCAGAUGGUAGUCAUUGCCUCUGAUGGUUAUGAACUAAAACUAAUGGCUGUUGAUUAUGUCAUCCUCAGUCCGGGUGAGAGAUUUGACUUUAUACUAAAUGCAAAUAACGGUAACGGAAAUUACUGGAUCCGUGGAAGGACACUAGAAUUGAACAAAAGUGAUACAUUUGAAGCAAUUCUUCGAUAUAAUGGCGCAUCGCAAGAAGAAACCAAACCUACAGCUUCUCAUUGCAUUCAACAAAAGAACUGCGUCUUACUUCAAUGUCCCUUUCUUCAUUAUCCCGAGAAAAGUAAUGAACGGUGUUUGCCAUUUGAUUACUUCGAAUAUAAUCAUCCUACUCACAAUUUGGAGUGGGAGAUUUUGAAGUCCGCGAUGCAAAGGAACAACCCGUGAAAAUGGCAGUUGGAGCUGUAAUCGCAGAUGUUGGUGUCUUGUCUCUUCUUGUUGUCGUUCUUAAUUUAAUACUUCUAACGAGGCAAAAAACAUAAUAUUCAAAACCCAUUAAUAUCACAGCGGCCAUAGAUAGUAGAG